AUGAUGAUCACGAUAAACCUGGCGCUCGUUGACCUACACCUCAAAGGAGCUUAUGAGAGGGCACUCACUGAAGAUGACCCUUCGGUCCUCAUCUACGCCCCCAAUUUUGGAGAAGUAGAAAAAUACGACCAGGAGAAGACUAUAGUGCUACAAGAAUAUACGGAUGCAUCUAUAGCGCUGAUAAACGCCAGAACACGGAAAUUGAAUGCAGACGUUAUCAAGAUACCAAACUUUACCCUGAAAUCUAUUCAUGGGCUGGUAGGAAUAUCUUAUUAUGUGGCUAACGAGCAGACCGAUUUCAUGAUGCAAAUAUCAUUGCACGAUGGAGCUCUACACGGACUAAACUCCAUGUUUCGGCGAUCAGUACCCACGGGUUAUAAAAUGGAUAAAGUUCGUAAAAUCGAUUCCAUCGUCGCAUUUAGUAAUUUAAAGGUGGUUUACAAAUAUGAAGCAAUAAUACCGACGGGGGUGCCGUCCCUGUCUGGUGAGCUUACUCUGACCGCGAAUGAAGUAGCUGCCCGUCUUGGGCUGAGCGUGAUCGAGGAGCCUGACACAGUCGACUUGGACAUCCAAUUCUUGAACCAAAUGAAUGAAGCUGAUGUAUUUAGCAAAAUGUCUGAAGAAGAAAUUGUCGAUAUAGAGCAGGAAUUAAGUGAUCUCUUAAUAAAAGUCCAGCCCAACUUGCAAGAUGUUAUCAAAAGGAGUUUUACGAACGUGGCUCUACAGCAGACGAAGAAUGGGGAACACAUCAAACCAGACAGCCUGGGUGACACCUCGUAUUUCGCAAAAAACACUCAAGUAAACCUCUUCCGUUUAGAACUUGUUAAAGUACCUACAUUCCAUAUGCAGGCUCUGUCAUUAGAUUUGAAAUCCAUGAGUCUUACACUGCGAUGUUCACUUGGAGAAGUCAAUGUAAAAGGAUUGUAUAGUGCAUUUAAUGAAAACUUGUAUAAUCUCAUACCUGUUAUGGCUGAAGGACAUGUUGUAAUAUCAUUAUCAAACAUGAUCGCAGAUGUGAGGGUCGGCUUAGUGCUAGAAGAUGAUGCCUUCUCAUUCAUCAAUCCGGGCAUAGAGUUCACACAUGAUGAAGUUUUGGUAAAGUUGUCAUGGCCAUCACCGCAACGGACUGGCGGAUACGAAUUCGCUACGACCGAGCAGCUAGCUAAGCAUAUAGAUGACCUGCCCCUAACUGCGGCCGUGUCUCUACCAUUGUACGCGCUCCUGAGGGAGAAGCUACAGCUGCACCUAGCUCUGGUACUACGACAGGCUACCAGCGUUUCUGAGGUCAUGUGCUCCAACCCUUCGCUGAUGGAAGCUUACAGCGGUAUGAUCGACAGCCUAGCUCAGAACGGCAACAAGGUUGUAGACAUGAUCCUCAUCAAUAUACGGCGCACGCUGCUGCAGAGCUGUCGAGAAGUACUGCAGCUACCACCGCUCCAUGCAACCUUCAUGCACAAGAUAGGAUCAUUAUCGUUUAUCGGCAAGUUUGAGACGGACACGGGCUGGGUGAAGAACCUGGCGACCAUCAACAGGAUCAGUGACGUCAGCGUCACGCGACCGGACCCCAUGAAGACCAGCUUCUACGUCACGUUAAGGAUAAAAGAUUUACAAAUUGGUUACGACGAAUAUCGCAUCCGUGCGAUGGGCGUAUCGUGCUCGGGCCGCGCGGCCGCAGCGCUGCAUCGUCACUCGCUGCACCUAGCGCUCACUAUAGGGCUCGCGCACUGGGAGCCCUACGCACAGCUGGACCAUCUUCGAGUACAGAACUUAGAUUGUGCAGACUUACACGUAACUGGUCUCGGUCCGCUAAGUGGGGCUUCAAACCUCGUGUGCGCGUGGUUACGAGGCGCUUCGACUGCCCUCGCAGCUCCCGCGGUAUCCGCGCAGAUACAACAUGAGUUACACACAGCGUUACAAGAACUACCUUUAUGGGAUCUCCUACAUGCCAAACAAUGACGUGACAUGUUACAGUAAGCGUGUUGCUGCAACGUAAGACUGCGUAACGUGAUGCAGGUAAUAUUUAUAUAGGAGUUAUUCCGUGCCAAAUGGAUUAUACAGUCGUACAGAUGUAGUACGGAUUUGUUUGAUGUUUUUGAGAUGAUAUUUUAUUGCUUUUUUUGUAUAUGAGUGUAAUUUGUUUAAACCUAAUGAACAGAAUGCUAUACAAAU